GCCUUGCUGCUCGGCGGGCCAGGGUGAGGCUGGCACCCGGCCAGCGCAGGCUGGGCCCUCUCCUGCCCGGGACCCGGGCGUGGAAGGCGCUCAAGUUGCGCAGACCGGGGAGCGCUCAUAGGGGCGCCCUCCGCGACCCGCUGCGCGCCAGCGACCGACCUUCGAAGGCUCCCCAGGGACGCGGGGUACACUUUCUCGAAGGUCCCCUUCGCUUCUUCCAGAGUCGCGGCCGCUGAGAUUUCCGAUCAGGGAAACUACGUGGAUCCUUCCUGGGGCUCCUUGCCCCGCCCCGGUUCUCCGCCCCCCUCGGUCCCCUUUUGCCAGGGAUCCCGGGCCGGGCCCGUGUCGGGCAGGAGGCUCUGGCAGCCAGGAGGCUGCGGGGGGCCGCUGAGCCACCAGUCACUGACUCGCCCUGCCAUGUGACGCCAUCCUCCUCUCUGAGAUCUCCCGCGCGUCCCCGGCCCGCGCCGCGCACCAUGCUCCUGCCCGGAUACGCGCGCCCGCCACCCGCGCUCCAGCCCGCGCAGCAUCCCGGCCUCCGCAGGCAGGUAGAGCCGCCCGGGCAGUUCCUGCGCCUCUUCUACUGCACCGUCCUGGUCUGCUCCAAAGAAAUCGCCGCGCUCACGGAUUUCUCCGGUUACCUAACCAAACUCCUGCAAAACCACACCGCCUAUGCCUGUGAUGGGGACCACUUGAAUCUCCAGUGCCCUCGGCAUUCUACGAUAAGUGUCCAAUCGGCAUUUUAUGGGCAAGAUUACCAAAUGUGUAGUUCCCAGCAACCUGCCUCCCAGAGGGAAGACAGCUUAACCUGCGUGGCACCCACCACCCUGCAGAAGGUGCUGGACGAAUGCCAGAACCAGCGGGCCUGCCACCUCCUGGUCAAUAGCCGUGUCUUUGGACCAGACCUUUGUCCAGGAAGCAGUAAAUACCUCCUGGUCUCCUUUAAAUGUCAACCUAAUGAAUUGAAAAACAAAACUGUGUGUGAAGACCAGCAGCUGAAGCUGCACUGCCAUCAAUCCAAGUUCCUCAACAUCUACUCUGCAACCUAUGGCAGGAGGACCCAGGAAAGAGACAUCUGCACCUCAGAAGCAGAGCGGCUCCCCCCCUUUGACUGUGUGUCCUACUCAGCUUUACAAGUCCUGUCCAGAAGGUGCUACGGGAAGCAGAGAUGCACGGUCAUUGUCAACAAUUACCAUUUUGGAAGCCCCUGUCUGCCAGGAGUGAAAAAAUACCUCACUGUUACCUACGCUUGUGUUCCCAAGAACAUUCUCACAGCAAUCGAUCCAGCCAUUGCUAAUCUAAACCCUUCUGUGACGCAGAAAGAUGGUGAAUAUGGUAUAAACUCUGACCCAAGCGGAUCGAGGGUUCUGCAGAAAGACGGGGUUAUUGUUAGCAACUCUCUGGCAGCAUUCGCUUACAUUAGAGCCCACCCCGAGAGAGCUGCCCUGCUGUUCGUGUCCAGCGUCUGCGUUGGCCUGGUCCUCACACUGUGUGCCCUGGUCAUCAGAGUGUCCUGCACCAAAGACUUCCAGGAGCUGCAGCGGGGAAGGGAGCAGCUGGUGCCAGGAAGUGAGGAGGCCGCGGAGGACAGCGAGGAGGACGUGGAGGAGGACUCCUCUGACGCUGAGCUCCCCAGGGAGUCGCUGGAGGUUUGUAGGACUUCGUAUCCAGCCUACAGCUCCGUCGAGGCCGCGGAGCUGGCCGAGAGGAUUGAGCGCAGGGAGCAAAUCAUUCAGGAAAUAUGGAUGAACAGUGGCCUGGACACCUCGCUCCCGAGAGACAUGGGCCAUUUCUACUGAGCCACGUGCGUGGGACACCAUCACCCUUCCUGAAGAGGCAAGGGUCCAAGAUGCCCCUCUGGUUCUGUCCCAUUUGUACCUUCUGUGAAGGAGAAUUUGUCACGUCAUCCAAGACUGGUGACGUCAGAGAGCUAUCAAAGGCACAUUUCAAACUGUUUACAGCACAUCCCGAAAUAAAUUAGGAGGGAAGAAGUCUCUGUGGUCUUUA